UGCCGCAGAUACCAAAACCAUGUAUAGUAAUGAACCAUAUAAGUUGUUUUUCGUUUAUGCGUAUACCUAUUAUAAAGUUUGAUAAAUUACACACAGUCGAGAAUUAGCACGUUUUCACUGAUAGGAAGCACUUCAGAUUCUCUUAGGCUUUGAAGACCUACCACCAUCACUACUUUUACACUUUGAGAUCAUUAAGCAAAAUUAAGAGUUAUUUUCAGGCCGUGGUAAACAGCGGAUAACUGAAACAUGGAUACCGGAUCCAUGGAUAUGGGGUCCCUAUUGUAUAAGUUUUUUGUUAAUUUCAGAGACGAGGUAGAUAUGUUAAGAAAAAGUGGAAGGAUGUACGUGUGGGAGAUAUCAUGCACCUGUCCUGCAAUGAGAUCAUCCCAGCUGACCUGGUAGUUCUCAACUCCUCGGACGAGUAUGGUAUCUGUUUCAUAGAGUCUUCCAACCUGGACGGGGAGAGCAAUCUUAAACAAAGGCAAAGUGUUAAAGGCCUUGCAGUGGAUGACAAGUUCGAGGUGAAAAAAUUCGAUUACAUGAUGGAAAUUGGUGCUCCUUCCACAAAGAUCUAUCAUUUCACUGGGUCAAUCCCACUGCAGUCUGGUGAACGUGUGCCUCUCACUAAAGACAACCUCUUACUCAGGGACUGCACUCUCAGGAACACAGAUUACAUCGAGGGCAUUGUUGUUUAUGCUG